AUGGCUAAACUCUCCGGCCUACAGCGGGAGGUCUUGUCCCUCUAUCGCCAAUGUUUCCGCGAAAUCCGCAAGAAGCCGAUCGAGUCUAGAAAUAAUUUCAAAAACUAUGCCCGGGCGGAGUUCCAAAAACACCUCUCGGUGAGCAAGAAGGACUUUGGCACUAUCGAAUAUCUCCUGCGCAAGGGACAGCGCCAAUUAGAGAUGUAUGCUUCCCCAGGAACACGGAACAUCCGAUGA